GACCCCAUCCGGAAAAUGGGUUUUUAAUACGUAAAGAACGAGCGAGGGAAAUUAAGUUACGGAGAAAAGCAACAAAGUUUCAGGUUUUUUGCCAGAGUUGGGUAGUACUCUGUUUUUAAGCGUUAUUUUACGGCUUUUGUCAAUAUAAAUAAGUGUCUCACAGUGACUAACAUUAGCGCCUCAACUGCUGUCAGUUCUCACGUGUUAUUGCUUCAAUCCAGGCUAACGUUAGCGCACGAGCCACGCGUAGCUAGCGUAGGAAAAGUUUAUUGGCACUUUACAAAAAAACUUUAAUUUUGUACAGUCGGUUUGAACUUAUGCUCACAGAAAGACUUAUUUUACUGUUGAAACUGACGGAGUAAAGGGAACUUGUAGUGUUGUCAGUGUUGAGUAUGUCAUCGCCUGCAUUUGGUCCGAAUCAUGAUGAGUCAACGAACAAAUCGGACAGCGACUCGGACGAGCCCAAGCUGCCUCUCAAUCAGUUUUAUCCAUACAUCCGUUGUGCCCUCUGCUGCGGUUUCCUCAUAGAUGCUACCACCAUCACAGAGUGCCUUCACACAUUUUGCAAAAGCUGCAUCGUGAAGCAUUUCUUCAGCAGCAACAGGUGUCCUACAUGCAGCAUUGUUGUCCACCAGACUCAGCCUCUUUACAACAUCAGGCCAGACAGACAACUGCAGGAUAUUGUUUACAAAAUGGUUCCAUUUCUGGAAGAAUUAGAACAAGAACAAAUGUGUAACUUCUACAAAGAGAGAGGGCUGCCGGUGCCAAGACCAGUGGUUGCUUCCCCUCAAUGUCCUGCUGUAUUGAAGAGACAGAAGAAGAAUAGUUUUCCCCAUUCUGUGUUUACCAUUCCCCCUGAGCUGGACGUGUCUCUGCUGCUGGAGUUUGUUGGGGCUGAAGAAGGAAUCUCCAACUAUAAGGCCCUUGAGAGGCGUUAUGUUCGUGUGUCUGGUGAGGCCACCAUCCGCCACGUGGAGAUGUUCAUCAGAAGGAAGAUGGAGCUGAGUCCAAUGUGCCAGGUGGAUGUGGUUUGUGGCGAUCACCUCCUCGAUCAUUACCAGUCACUGAAGGACAUCCAGAACUCUGCAGGGGAAGAUGCACUACAGGACGGCCUGCUGGUGUUACACUUUGGUUUAGUCCUACCCUCUGAGUCAUGAAGACAAGAAGAAGUGCAUUUAGUUUGUUUAGAACUGGUUAAUUUACCUCUUUUGAGUAAAGUGCAUUGUCAUUUGUGCUAAUAACAAACUUGCUGUUCUGCUGUUAAUUUAAAUCAGAAUUUACUUACAGUUUCAAGUUUGAUUAAAUCUCUAAACUGAAUGUAAGUUGCUGCCUAAACUAAAGUGUGUCCAAGACAGCUAAACUUAUUUUUUUUUAAAAGAAUUAAAUAAAAAGUCUGACAUUAAUUUAUAGUUAAUAAAGCUCAACGG